GAUCGACUCAAAACAGUAAGGCUGCGCCAUUUUUGUCGGCAUCCCUUUGUGAUGCGUUCUAGGCAUCGUAGCGAACCGAAGAAACUGCAUACAAGAACCCCAUCUUUCUGACAAACUCUCGUCAGGGAGUCUAGGAACAUUUUCAUCACCAACGGUACCUUUGAAUGAACAGUACCAAUUACAACAUCCAGCCAUCAACAUGUCGUACCAGACCCCGGUUGGCACUUCUCCCUUGAAGGCAACGGUUGCCCACGAUGCAAAUCAAGAACCCGACCACGCCCCCCAUCGACAAGCAACCGACCAGAUCAAUCCCCAGGACGAACAAGAAAAGCAUACGGACAACGUAGCUCUUUCCGAUGACAAGCUUUCGUCUCCUUUCGACGGCACCGAAUAUCAGGAAGACAGUGAGCAAAACACGGCCAAACAAAACAACAAAAACCCGACGAACCAAACCGCAAACACCACCGUCGAAAGCCACGCGUCUGUGCCCUGCCACGGAGACCUCAGCGCCUCGCAAGCAAGAGCCAUCUACACAUGGCUGGAGAACCAGAACAACCCCGUGCCUGACGGAACCUACCACAGCGUUGAAGAGCACAGCCUGGUGGGAUUCAGUGAAGAGGAACUUCGCCACAGAGCCGUGGAUUGGAUGGAGUUCACCCACAGUGAUAAACCGAAUGGUAUCGUAGUCGUUCCUCCGACUUGGUACAGCUAUUCCCGAUUCGGGCCAAAUCGUCCUCGUGCCUGGAUCAAGGACUUCACCACUGGCCGGGUACGCCCACGACGGAUGACUAAUGAUCUCCUCGUGAGUUUGUCCCUGGCUGAGCGGGAGAGGAAGCUGAAUAGGGAGAGGAGGGAUAGGGGAGAGCCGGCGGAGUAGGCGGAGUGGGAACAGGCUUCUGGGGAGAUGGAAGUAAAGAC